GCGACAACUUCCAAACAAGGGCCAAAGAUACAUAAUUUGACUUAGAUUAUUUGCCAGGACGUACGGGAAAUUGCAGAGAAUUAGGAAAGAAAUCUAUUAAGAGGAAGAACUAUCCGUUAGUAAAGGAAACCCAACGGAAUCAUGACAGACGCCGGAGGUUGGAGUACUAUCGAAUCAGACGAGGGCGUUUUCACUUCAUUGAUUGAAAAUCUUGGCGUCAAAGACGUCCAGUUCGAAGAGCUUAUAUCUCUCGAUGCAGACACAAUCAGGUCAUUAAGUCCCGUAUAUGGAGUAAUUUUCCUCUUCAAAUGGGCCGGCGGCCAGUCACGCGACUCCGCUGCUCCACAGGAUGGCACCUACGACCGCGCCGCAACCGAUAAUGGGCUCUUCUUCGCCGCCCAAACGAUCCAGAACGCCUGCGGCACGCAAGCCGUCCUCUCCGUAAUCCUCAACCAAGAUUCCCUCGCCUCCCAAUCCUCACAAGCAGGCAUCGACAUCGGGCCCGAACUCCGCGACUUCAAGGACUUCACAACAGGUUUCCCGCCAGACCUACGCGGCGAGGCACUAAGUAAUUCCGCGCGGAUUAGAGCCUCGCAUAAUGCCUUUGCGCGCGCGUCGCCGUUCGUCGAUGAAACGUCCCGCCCGCCUGUUUCUGAAGAGGACGCGGAGCUCUAUCAUUUCAUCGCCUACACGCCGUUCAACGGCGUUUUAUAUGAGUUGGAUGGGCUACAGCCGUUUCCAAUUAGCCACGGCAGUUGCGAUGAAUCGUCGUUUCCGGAAAAGGUUAUUGAAGUGUUGCAGAGGAGGAUUGCGAGGUACCCGGAGGGAGAAAUUCGAUUUAAUCUGAUGGCGGUGGUGAGGGAUUUGAGAGUGAGGGCGCUCGAGAUCGGGGAUGUAGAGAUGUUGGAUAGGGAGAGGAGGAAGAGAAGGGCGUGGGAAUGGGAAAAUGCAUUGCGGAGGUGCAAUUUUGUUGGGUUCAUUGGGGAGGUGGCUAAGGGGGUUGUUGGGAUGAAGGUUAAAGAGGGCGAGGAGAGUUACAACAAGUGGAUAGAAGGCGCGAGGAAGGAGACGCAGCGGAGAUUAGAAAUGAGGAGAGGAAGAGGUGGUGGGGGUGAUUUGGACUAGGCAGUUGAGGAAAAUUUAGGCAUGAUUUGACGGAAUUGGCAGCUUUGGGAUAGAAUUUUGUUCUAUUAUGGUCAUACCCAGAACUUAACUUACCUUGCAUGAAGUUUAACGCCUUUGGUUGUGUACCUAGCAGAAGUCGUUUCCAUGGGUAUCUUCAUAAUUCCCGCGCGUAGAAAUCUAUCAAAGGUGGAAUAUAUUCCUGCGAUUGAAUAAUAAUGUCGACCUGCCAAAACGACUAAAGUCAAAUUCAACUGCUAACCCCGGCCCUCGCCAAAAAUCAAAGUUCCAUAUCACAG